AUGUUGUGUGUGAUCCGGCAGGUGUGUCGGGACAGGAUGUUCAGGAGCAACAGUCCAUACGGUUCUGAGGCCAGCAGCUACAUUUCCUUCCAGUCCAAUGGAUUCUCCAACAUGGAUGAUUCCGCCUCCCAGAUAUCGAACAUCUCGAGACCCAGUGCAAAGUCGAUUUACCUGCAGCGGCUGCAGUACGCAGCAUCAGUGAACAAGAUGAUGGAAAGAUCAGAGCACAGAGUGGAGCACUUGUUUACUUGCGACCUAAACGGGAAGGAUCUCAGAAACAUCCAGGACUGCGUGGACCGCCUGAAGGUUCUGGAUCAGACGGGUCGUAUUUGGGGUCAGAACAUGGUGCUGGAGGUUCGCGGUGCCAACCUGAUCCUCAUAGACUAUGAGACCAAGGAAGAGAUGGAGUCCUUUUCUCCUCAUGAAAUGAAGGAGUUGUUUGCCUUUCUGGACGUCGGGCCGUUCGACUCUCUGCUCAUCCUGUCCGUCCAGAACAGGAGAAAACCCGCCACCACCGUCUUCCUGUUCCAGUGCAAUGAAGUCAGGGCUGAUUUCAUCGCAAAGGAUUUAGUGCGAGCUCUGUCGCAGAAGAGUGAGGGUUCACAACUCAGCAAUGGACACACUGUGGGUGGACAUGAAAGAGUGAGACAGCCCAAGAAGCCUGUGGAGCCGAGGCCUGAACAUGAAGCGCCACCAUGGACUCCGCCUGACAACACUGAGGAUGAUUUCUCUGAGCCUGAACUGGACCUGCGUCGGCACCGGGAGGAAGACGACGUCCCGCCGCCGAUGCCGUCCCCGUCGCCUCCCCCCCGACCGUACACAGAGCUGGACAGGGACGUUGACAUUUUAAACCACAUCAUAACCGACGUCGAGAUCUUCAUGGGGAAAAUAUCCGCAGCCGAGGCCAAAAACGGAAAGAAGAAAAAGAAAAAGAAAAAAGGAAAAGGAGGGAACGACGGGAUGCCGCCUGAGGAGGAGUUUUCAGAUUGCCUCCAUAAAAUCAAAUCUGGCUUCAACCUUCUGGGAGAGCUCAACGGAAAGAUCAACAAUCCAGCCGCUCCUGACUUUGUCCACUCUUUGUUCUCUGCAUUAGCAUUCGUGUGCUCUCACUGCUCUGAAGCCGUCCCUCCGUCCAUCAUCGCCCCGCUGCUCACGCCUCAGUGUAUCCGUCUCCUGAGUGAGGAGGCGUCCUCGGAGGAGGACAACCUGUGGCAGUCCCUGGGAGACGCCUGGAACAUCCCCAGCACCAAAUGGCCAGAGGAGGAUGAGGACAUCCCCGUCUACAACAUGCAGUUCUUUGAUGGCUGGCAGCCCCCAGAAGUGACUGGAGAGCUUCCAGCCAGUGAACAGGAGAACCGGUGGGAGAAUCCUCGGCCUCCACCGAGCCGGCAGCCGCCACCGAGCCGGCAGCCGCCACCGAGCCGGCAGCCUCCACCGAGCCGGCAGCCGCCACCAAACACAGCUGGACACAAAACACAGCAGGAGCCGAGUUAUGCCAAGUGGAAGCCACCAAAAGAACAACAAAAACCACGGCCAGUCGAGGUAAAACUACGCGACAUGCGUGUCAAAUACGACUUCGUGUCCAGAAACCAGAGGGAGCUCACCGUCACUAAAGGAGAAACAGUUGAUCUUCUGGACAAGUCGAAGCAGUGGUGGAAAGUGAGGAACAACAGAGGAGAGGAAGGUUACGUACCAAACAACGUCCUGGAAGAUGUUGACGUUCAGUCUUAUGAGGAUUUUGACACGUCUCCAGUUCUGACGAGGAAAUCUAAACCCCCGGAGGUGAAAGCCUGGCUGGAGCACAUGGGAUUCAACCCCAUCACCGUGCGCUGCCUGGGCGUCCUGAGCGGCUCCAUGCUGCUGGGGAUGAGCAGAGAGGAGCUGAAGUCGGUGUGUCCAGAGGAAGGAGGACGAGUCUUCUUCCAACUACAGGCGGUCAGAUCCGCCUUGGCAGUAAGUCUCUCGUCCGUUCGACUGAAGAUUUAG